AUGGCGGCUGGCUUGAUAGCUCGUGCAGCCCGGGCAUCCUCGAUUGAUGCGGAGGUUGAGGCGUGCCUGCAGAAUGCCACGUCCCUUUUGGAUGAGGCCCGGAGCAUGCCUGGAUCCUUGCCAGCAAAUCCGGAGUUCGUCAUCCUGGAGGGGUUCCAAUGCUUGGUGCGGCACGUCCUUGCUCAACGGCCUGAGGUGGGAAGACACUUGCAGCGAGCAGAAAUCCUUUUUGAUGCUGCCUUGAAGCUCAAGAAGUCGUCUCCUCGUGCUCUGAUGGGAAAGGCCUGCGUCAGGGCAAGCCGCCGGGACUGGAAGCAGGCCCUGGAUUAUUUUAGAAGAGUGCUGCAGCGCGCAGCACCUCACGCGCCGCAAUCUGGAGAACAUCUCCAAGUUCUCAAGGAGUUGCGCUUUGCCUUAGCAACUUGCUUUGCUGGCCUAGGACGAUACCAACAGGCGAAGAACGCCCUGUUGGGUGUAGUGGCUGCUGACGCAAAGGACGUCGAAGCCUUGUGUGCCUUGGCUUACUUGGAGUCCAAGCCGGACCAGGGCAAUGAAGGAAGGCAGCGCGCCGCCACACACAUGGCGGAGGCCAUGCAAGCCGAUCCGGCGCAUCCUGCCGUUCUGUGCCGAGCUGCUGACCACGCGUUUGCAUGUGGUUUAGAGGAGGCAGGUCCUGGCGAGGCCCCAGAUUCCUGGCGGUUGGCUGAGGACUUGCUCCGAAGGGCUUUGAAGAUCAGCGAUUUGCCCCAGGUAGUUGCCGAGGUGAAUUAUCAACUGGGGAGACUGGAACAUGCCCAAGGCCGUUUCGCCGAGGCAAGGGACUUGUACAAGAAAUGCGUCCAGACCAACCCUGACCACCUCGUGGGAGUUUACAACUUUGCACAAUGCCUGGUCCACGAGCGAUCAUUUUCCAAUGCCGUGACCGUCCUCGAGCAGGCACCGCAACAGUUGCGCCAGGAACCAGAGGUUCUCAAGUUGCUGACGGCUGCAUACUUGGCAACAGGAGAGCACGACAAGCAGGCCUCAAAAAUAUCUGACGACUUGGUUGAAGCUCGCCCAGACGACAUUGAGGCUUGGGCUAUGAGGGCAGAGGCGUAUUCCAGGCUGGAGAAGAUGCUGACACCAAAGGAAACGAUCGAAUCGUACGAGCAAAUGGCCAGAUUGAUGAAGGACCCUGAAGCAUGGGCCAAAGUCACUCCGCAAAUGUGGAAUAACCUUGGCACUGUCAGGGCCAUGCAUGGCGAUCCUGCCCAAGCCAAAGAGGCGUACGACCAUGGUAUGGAGCGCGUCGAGGAGAUGCAGCAGCUCGGCGAUGCAAGUGGCCAAUCAGAGAAGGACCUGCGUGUGGCUGAAAUUACCAUGCGUUUCAACAAAGCCUGGUUGGCGGAAAACCAAGCGCAAGAGGGUGACAUGCUGCAGGCGAUUGGAGAGUAUCUGGCCCUAACAGAGGAGGUCAAGUGGUUCGCAGAUGCUUUGCUCCAACUUGGAGGGCAAUGGCAGCGUUUGGGCAGGACGGAGGAGGCUUUGAGAAAUUUCCAGGAGGCCAUGAAGAACAGCCCUUUUCUGGGCAAGCUUCUUUGUUCCGAGGCGCUCCGAGCGGCGGGAAAGUAUGAGGAAGCGCUGAAGUGGGGUGAGCGUGCAGCAAAGCAAGCGCAGUCGAACGAGCACUAUUAUGCCUGUGUCUUCGUCGGCAACCUUUUCUAUGAGGCCUCAGCCAAUCACAAGACAGGGCCGACGAUGAGUGACGACUACCUUAAAAAGGCUAUGGAAUACUUUGUCAAAGCUUUGGAAGUCAAGAAGGACUGUCAAUUUGCUGCCAACGGCCUCGGCAUGGUUUUCGCGAAGCGUGGAAAGAUGGACCUUGCCAAGCAGACUUUCCAGUCUGUGGUGCAGCACAAGGCCAUGGACGAGAAUCCUUCAGCGUACAUAAACUUGGCGCAUGUGUAUUUGGAGUCCACCGGAAAAGAUGCGGAUAUCAGGACGGGGCCAUUGGUCGGUACAAGUUCCUUUGUGAAGUUGCACUAA